CAAACUAAAAUAAUCUACACUCAAAAUAUAAACUAUUACAACUCAAUUAUAAUAACCUAAGACUAUAAUAUCCAACUCUUUAUCCCAAUAGCCUCCCAAGAGAUUGUACUCAAAACUUAAGACUAUAUAUAUCGAAUGUAGCCCCUAUGAUUAGCCUGGAAGUUCAAGAGAUUGCAGCCAAUAAAAAGGGGUCGGCAACGAUUAAUGAAAGAACAAUUAAUCAAAACCAAAUAAUUAAUUACUCAAUGAGGUGUAUGUGGGGCCCCCCUACCUGAAGUUGAGUGCUUCAGUAAUGUGUUGCAAACAAAGGUAGAAUUUGAGAGAGAGCAUUGACUUUUUCAAUAAUAUUUUACUAAAAAAGUCACCGUCCCAUUUCAAAGGAGGGGACUUGUUUUAAAAGAAAAGCGGAUUUAAUUACUAAAAGGGUUGACAUCUAAGUUGGAGGAAAAGUCUUAUAAAUAGGAGCAGCCCUUUCCUUUCUAAACCCAUCAACAUAAACUACUCUCUCUCAUCAACUUCAUCCCCUUAAUCCAUUUUUCUCCCUAAAAAUACCGAUCUUUUCAACUUCUAAUGGCAAUUCCAGUCAUUGAUUUCUCUAAGCUUAAUGGAGAAGAAAGACCCAAGACAUUGGCUCAAAUAGCGAAUGGCUGUGAAGAAUGGGGAUUCUUUCAGCUGGUGAACCAUGGGAUUCCUGAAGAGCUCCUAGAGAGGGUGAAGAAGAUUUCUUCAGAGUACUACAAGGUGGAAAGAGAAGAAAGUUUCAAGAGUUCAAAACCUGUGAAGCUCCUGAAUGAUUUGCUGGAGAACAAGAGUGGUGAGAAGCUGGAAAAUCUUGAUUGGGAAGAUGUAUUCCUCCUCCAUGAUAACAACGAAUGGCCCUCCAACAUUCCUGGAUUCAAGGAAACCAUGAGGGAGUACAGAUCCGAGCUGAAGAAGCUAGCUGAAAAGGUAAUGGCAGUGAUGGAUGAGAACUUAGGUUUACCUGAGGGAUACAUAAAAGCUGCCUUCAAUGGCGGCGAAGGGCUGGAAAAGGCCUUCUUUGGCACCAAAGUCAGCCACUACCCACCAUGUCCACACCCAGAGCUGGUGAAUGGGCUCCGUGCCCACACCGAUGCCGGCGGUGUGAUCUUGCUCUUCCAAGACGACGAGGUGGGAGGCCUUCAAAUCCUGAAAGAUGGGCAGUGGAUAGAUGUGCAGCCAUUACCCAACUCCAUAGUCAUCAACACAGGUGAUCAGAUUGAGGUGCUGAGCAAUGGGAGAUACAAGAGUGUUUGGCACCGGGUUUUGGCCACCCCAAAUGGGAACAGAAGAUCGAUUGCUUCGUUUUACAACCCAUCGAUGGAAGCAACCAUAGCUCCUGCAGCACAGCUAGUGGAUAAAGCAAACCAGGAGGUGGAAAAAGGAUAUCCAAAGUUUGUGUUUGGAGACUACAUGUCAGUUUAUGCUGAGCAGAAGUUCCUCCCAAAGGAACCAAGGUUUCAAGCUGUCAGAGCAAUGUAAGGAGCGUGAAUCAAAAGGAGUUACUGUUAGAUUUCACUCUCCUGAUGGCCUUUCAUUCAAGGGUUUUCAUAUAGUAGUGACAAAAUUUGAAUAAUGCUACUUCUUUCCGCACUCUCCCCCCACGAAAAGAAACAAAAGGAACCACUUUCCCCUUAGGGUUUGUGUGUGUUUGCUUUAGUAAAUUAGUAAUUUGCUGUUAUAUCUCCAUUUAUGGUUGUAUGUUAUGGAAUGUGUCCGAAGGACUAAUAAUAUUCAGUAUUCAGUAUUGUUUUUCAACAUUAUAUUUUGACCUUAGAAGAUCAGAGUUUAUUUUAUUCGUUCAUUCGUUCAUUUCCUUUCCUUUAUGAUUAACUUUUAAGCAUUUAAAACAUUGCUUAUUAUUCAAUUAAUUAAACUUAUUAGCUUGACAUUUAGUUUUCUUCCAUAUCCAACGCACAUAUUUAAAUCUUAUAUUAAGCUAUCAAAUAAAUAUUCAUUAUCUAUGUCCAUAUAAAACAUACAAUCUAAAUAGCCUAUAGACAUUAAAUUGUCAUUUUCAUAAAGAAAACAAUAAAUAUCUUCCAAGUGUUUAUCUUUAAAAGUUUUUUUUCAUACAAUAAAUAGGAAUGAAAAAUCGAUCCUCUAACCUAAGGGUAAAAAUGCAUGUCAAUCGCCACAGAACUAAGCUCACUUUAGCAUUCUUUAAAAGUUUAUUAGCAAUUAGCAAGAAUAUAUGGAGGUAAUCUUUACGCUAAAAGAGUACUUAUUAAUGUUAGUGCAAUAGACACAAUCAAAUUAUCAAAGGUAUUGUCCACCUAAGUACCUAUCCUAACACUCCCCAGCAAAAUGGAAUCGCGGAGAGAAAAAACAGACAUCUCUUAGAAGUUUCUUGAGCUUUAAUAUGUCACGCUAACACCCCCACCUUUUUUGGGGAGAAGCUAUUAUAACAACCACCUACCUUAUUAAUAGAAUGCCCUCUCGAAUAUUAGGUUUCAAAACUCCCUUACAAAAACUUAAGGAAGUAUUUCCACAUGAUAAAUUAUUUUCUCAAGUCCCUUUAAAAAUAUUUGGUUGCACAGUCUUCCUCCAAGAUCAUAGACCCAAUAGGAGUAAAUUAGAUCCUAAGGCAAUAAAAUGCAUCUUUCUUGGUUAUGCUCCAAGCCAAAAGAGAUACAAAUGCUACUCACCAACUACUAAAAGGUUCUAUACAUUCAUGGAUGUAACCUUCUUUGAAACUCAACCUUAUUUCCAAAAGCAAGACACCACCGAACCUUCCACUCUCAUAGAAAACGAAAAACGAAGGAAACCAAAAACUAGAUCUCAUUGAAGAGAGUGCUCCUUGUGUUCCUUAUAUACAUGAAAUCGAUGUUCCCAAUCAAGGCCCACCGGAAAGUAGGAAAGAUCCUAUAGUCUAUACUAGAAGGAAGAACACCCUUGAACGUGAACCAAUACUCAAUCAGAACCCAACCGAAAUACAGGAAAAUCAUGUCUCCAACUCCACAAUAGAAACACUUAGAAGGUAUUUGAUAAAUGGGUAUGAGUUAUUGGGUUGGGUGGGUAUUUAUUACCCAUGUUUGUUAAGCCCAUAAAGAAAACCUGUGGGUUAUUAAAACCCCCAUUUUUACCCACUCAAAACUCCCUUUUUUUAUCCCCUCAUCAAUAUAUUUUCAUUUCUUUCUCUCUUCUCUCAUCUUUGCCGUUUGGAUCCAAUUUUUUUUUUCUUUUAUCGUCAAACCUUUGAAUUCUAUUUUCAUUUCUUUCUCUCUUCCCUCAUCUUUGCCGUUUGGAUCCCCCAAAUAUACUAUCCAUAUUAUAUAAAAAUAAACUGUAUGAUAUGUGAAAUAAUAAAGUUAAGUUAGCAAGAUUCAAUAUAU